CUCCUCUGAAAUGUCCAAUAUGAACAAUAAUGUCUGUGUGGAGAAUGGACAGAACCUCGAGGCUGCUGUGCUCCCCAAGGAUAAUUUGGUGGAGGGGGCUCUCAACAGCCUCAUGGAUUACAAUUCAGAAAUGGAGAGGUAUAGGUCCUUUGCCACCUUUUACAAAACCAAUGGCGCUUUCCCCCAGGCUGCUAAGAUUGCCAGGAUCACAACCCCCAUUUUCCCCAGUGCACGGAUUGGCAUGUCCCCUUGGAACUGUGAUAAUGCAAUGCUCUGGGGGAGGAAAUCAGCCGCUAUCAACCCUAAUAGGACCAGCAUGCACAGAAACGACUCCCAGAGGCUGGGAAAGCCUGGCGGGGCGCCAGAGUCUUUGCAAAUGGCAAAUAAUAAUUUCCUUUCCACCUUAUCCCCUGAACACUGCAGACCUUUGGCAGGGGAAUGCAUGAACAAGCUCAAAUGCGGCGCUGCUGAAGCAGAGAUAAUGAAUCUCCCUGAACGCGUUGGAACUUUUUCCGCUAUUCCAGCUCUAGGGGGCAUCUCAUUACCUCCAGGGGUCAUCGUCAUGACAGCCCUUCACUCCCCCGCAGCAGCCUCGGCAGCCGUCACAGACAGUGCGUUUCAAAUUGCCAAUCUGGCAGACUGCCCGCAGAAUAAUUCCUCGGGAGCCGGCGGGAAUCCUGCCAAGAAGAAGAGGAAAAGGUGUGGGGUCUGUGUCCCCUGCAAGCGGCUCAUCAACUGUGGAGUCUGCAGCAGUUGCAGGAACCGUAAAACAGGACACCAGAUCUGCAAAUUUAGGAAAUGUGAAGAGCUUAAGAAAAAACCUGGUACUUCACUAGAGAGAACACCGGUCCCCAGCGCUGAAGCAUUCCGAUGGUUCUUUUAAGCCGUUAAACAUGUUAUUUUAAGGCACUCUGAAGUGAAUGACAAAAACUGGUCAUGUUUUGGGAACUGCAAAUGUCCGCAACCGAAGAAUUUACCGAAAGACUAUUUUCAUUUAUGUACAGAGGGUUCUUCAAACAUAUGAAAAGGAAUAAAAUAAUCACCUGAGCCUUGGGAUCAGCUGGUUCACCCACAUUUAAUACACAGGUUCAUACUUUAACGUAAUUUAGCUAUAAUUAACAGUGAAAUUGUUGUCUACUUUAAAAUGACUUAUAGGAAAUCAUUUGGGUAAACCCCUGCUGUAAAAUGAUGUAACUUUGAAAAAACAAAAAUAACAUAUCUAUACUUCAUUUCCAAAUAUGUGUUUCAGUACUGUAAACUGUACAGAUAGCUGCUUGUAUUUUGUGCAUUUAGACACAAGGAGACAAUCAUGUCUGAGCAUCUAUAUGAAGAUUAACAGUUUGUACUCAGCAGUGUGGUUCUGCAACUUAAAUCUGGAGCAAUAAAUUCUAGCUUUAAAUGUUAUUUUGCCAGCUGGUUAGUCACAGCAGCAGCAACAGCACUGUAUUACAACAUCCCCAGAGAUCCGAUUUGUAAUUCCCCAAGGUUAAAAGAUGAUGACCCAUCUAUCAAUAAUUGUCAAGCGUAGGAAAACCGAGUACAGCAAAUUUAUAUCAUCGCAUCUGUUAAAAAAAUGGCCGAGCUACCUUAUUAUCUAGAACACCUUUUACAUUUUCAUAGGCGCAAUUCAAGCAAAAGGAUGCACCAUUGCAGUUGGUGGGCACUUGUUUCAUUCUGUUCAAAGGAUAUCCCUUGUAAUAAAGCACUUAUCACAACUGACCCAAUUUCACUGUAGGGCAGUGUCAGGCAGCAUACAGUAUUGUAGUUCGUCCAGUAGGACCAAUCUUUUGAAUUAUUUGUUCAGGGAAACAGAAGUGUACUGUGACCAUGUAACUGAGUACAUGCCUUCUGAUUAGGUUUUUCUAUAGUAACUGUAAACACUGUAAAAUAUAAAUGCAUUCUCACUGGAAUGACCAAAGUAAAACAGACACAAGCACACACACACACACACACAUAUAUAUAUACAUAUAUAUAUAUAUACACAGCAGAUGGGCAAUUCCAGAUAUCUGAGUUGUUCCCCAAAAGUGGAAGAGAAUAAAUUUAGGCUACAAAAUUUUCUUUCAAGGAUAGUUGUGAAAUCUCCUACUACAUUUAUGGGGCAUAUUUGUAAAGGUGUGUAAAAAACAGCAUUGUAGUACAGUGAACUUCAGCACUUUAAUGCCAUGGGAUGAUGUGUACAGCAUUCACAAAGCUGUGUAAUGAUUUCAUGCAAAUGCAUAGCCAGGUAUUAUGGCAUAAAAAUACAAUAAAAAAAUUAAUUGUUGAGUUCAGCCAACAUUUACUCAGAAUUACUCUACUAUGUAUUUACAGCCUGGAUUUGUCCAUUUGGCUGAAAUGUAUUAUGCCAGGUCUAGAGCGGUGUAAAACGAUAUCCUUUUAGGCAUUGGCCUGGCAUAAUAAAAUUGGUUGUAAUGGUUAACACAAUUCAUGGUAUUAAUUCAUGCUUAAGUACAGCAACACAGUUUUGAAACUAAAGAUUUUUCACACCAUUAAAUAUAUGCCCCUGAAUAACUGUGUAACUUCUUAGUAGGUUCCUCUUAGUAUACAGUUACUUGGUAUGACUAAAUGCAGAUUAUCCUGAAGCUUGAAUGCUCAACUGAAAAGGGUAUCUCUUUAGGAAAAGAAUUACCUAAUGUGCAUUGCAUAUUAUACAAUUAAGCUUUCUUUUAUUGCUGUUGAAUGUACUUGUUAUUAGUACAGAUGCACCAAAUAUAUAACAUUUUGAAUUCAGCUAAAUUGCAAAUUUGUCACAGGAGAUCCAUAGUCCAUUUGAAUUGAAAAAAACAACACCAUCAAGUUCAACCCCAAGGCAUCUACAGUAUAUACACUUAACUAUAACUAGACAGUCCUUUCAAUACACUCACUUAUACAGUAUAAACUAUACUGUAUAUACCACUACCUAUACCAACUGUCGAUCUUUAGAUCACAAUAACCAACAAUACAUCCCCCAGCAGAGCAUUUCAUAACCUUACUGCCGAACAACUACCUUUACUGCUUCAAAUGAAAGUUUAGAUCCUUUAGUCUUUGAGUUAGUUGAAUUUCUCUAUUAAGAUUUGGCAGCAUACUGAAACCGAAUCCAAACCCUGAGCAAAAAUUUUGGCAAAAAACAGCAAUCUUAAUUUUUUUGAACUUGUUUGUUUCAAACUCGAAUGUUAAAGCUCUAUAAUCAAAAGCAGCUUGAAAAUUUUAAUGAAUAAAUUUAGCAACAAAAACCUGGAAACCUUUUUUUUUUUUUUUUUUUUUUUAAAUAAUGGAACACUGCCAUCUUUGUUGAGACUCUCUGCAAAUUAUCUUUUUCUUUCCAGUAUAUGUUGUUUGUAAAUAUGAUUGUGAUCUUGAAAAAAUCAUAAUUACAAUUGAUUUUAAUUGAAUUCAUUUUUUUUUGACCAAACCUUAUAUAUGAAAAUUAAUCAACCUGUACUUUAGUAUUUGACCUAACAGAGACUAAUUGAAAAAGGAUUGGAAUUCAGCUGAAUACUGAAAAUGAAUUUGGUGCAUCCCUUGUCAUUAGUGUGUGCUUGUUUAGUCAGUGUCCUUCGUUUUGUCUGGAAUUGCCUUUCUCUUGUAAAUUUAUUACAAACUGAAAUCUCAGAAAUCCCUCUACAGUUGUUUAAUUUGUAGAUCUGUGUCCAGCUUACCAAUAAAGGAUCUAAAAAUUGA